UUCACUCGUCAAAUUUAUCAAGCGAAAGUUCUAACUUUUCGUAGAGGGAUUACGGCAUCUUUCUUUGAGAUCAAACGGAGACGGCUUCUGUUUGAAACUUGGAAUUGGGUUUUGCUACAAGAUUAUAAGCCAAAGUACUAUCUAGUUCGGAUUUGACGUACAGCUAUGGAUUAUUCUUCAUGGAGACUCGGUACUUGCUUGGAUCUUAACACUAAUCCUACCGGCGGCCAAGUUCUUGAUGAUGCUUCGAACAAGGAGGUGGAAAGCAACUUUCUAGGCUUUGGAAGGAAGCUUUCAAUAAAACAAGAGAGAUCCGGUGCUUUGGAGGAGGAAAUGAAACGUGUGAGUGCAGAAAAUAAGAAGCUAACCGAAAUGUUAACGGUGUUGUGCGAGAACUACAAUGCUUUGCGCAGCCAGUUGACGGAUUAUAUGAGCAAGAAUCUGCAGGAAAAGGAGCAUACCCUAACAAGGAAAAGAAAGUCCGAAAGCAGCAACAAUACUAAUAAUAAUGUCACUGGAAUUUAUGGCAAUUCUGAAAGCAGCUCAAACGAUGAGGAAUCCUGCAAGAAACCUAGAGAGGAAAUUAUAAAGGCAAAGAUCUCAAGGGUUUAUGUCAAGACAGAGGCAUCUGAUACAAGCCUUACUGUGAAGGACGGGUAUCAGUGGAGGAAAUAUGGACAGAAGGUCACCAGAGAAAAUCCCUGUCCGAGAGCUUACUUCAAAUGUUCUUUUGCUCCAAGCUGCCCUGUAAAAAAGAAGGUACAAAGAAAUGCGGAAGACCAAUCUAUUUUGGUUGCUACCUAUGAAGGUGAGCACAACCAUCCCAACUCUUCUCAACUCGAGGCAACAUCAGGAUCUACUCGCUGUAUGACCCUCGGUUCACACCCCGGUGCCUCAGCCUCUCUCCGGCCGUCUGGACCUAGCGUCACUCUUGACUUGGCAAAACCCAAAACCAGUAAUGAUGCCAAACAAUCAAAACCCAGAACUGAUUCUCCGGAAGUCGGACAAUUCUUGGUGGAACAGAUGGCGUCUUCCUUGACCAAGGAUCCCAAUUUCACAGCAGCACUUGCCCAGGCCAUUUCAGGAAGAUUUUUACAUAAAAAUCCAACAGAAAAGUGGUGAAUGUCGGCAAGAAAAUGAAUAUCGAGUGCUUAUGUAAAUAUAAAGUUUGGAAAAGAACAGUAGGCAAUCCUAGCUCAAUUGAGCCACAGGAAAUCUUCUUAUAAAUUUGUAGUUCCAUUAUUGAGCAGUAAAAUCUUUAGAGCAAAUGAAACGCUCCUGUUCACA